GAAGUUGAAUAUGGGCAACGAAGGGAAACCUUGUCCUGUUUCAGUUAAGGCACCUAUCUCGGUUGAAAUUACGGAUAAGCCCUUGAGCCCUGAGGAACUUGGGGCACCCUUGACACCGCCACUGAGGAACUCCUUUUCGUCAAUGGAUUUCUUCAGCCAGGCUCGCAAAGCGCUUUGCCUGCGGGGCCCUUUUGACGGGGACGAUGUUGGUUCUACUCAGACUCCUUCUAUCAGUGCUAGUGCUAGUGCUAGUGUGGCUUCCACUACUUUCCUGCCAAGUGCGUUGGCGCAGUUGUUGUCAAAGCAUUCUGAUAGUAGGAAGAGGCAUAAGCGGUCGCAUUCAGGCACGGAGCAUAAAGCGCGGCCUGAAAAGGCUCGUGGUACAAAUAUUUGGGUGGAAACGGAGGAGUACUUUCGUGAUUUGGCCGUGGAGGAUAUAGAUAAGCUCUGUGAGGUCUCGUCUCUGGGUUUGUCAAAUAGUGAUAAGUGCUUUUCCAUACCUGCAUUGGACAAUGAGGGGAAUGUUUGCAAUUUGUGCAGCAUAGGUGAUAUGUACAAUGUAGAGAUUGCCAGCGUCCAAAGUAGUGGGGGUUCUGAUGGACGGCUUCCUAUAAGGGAUGAAGAUUGUGACAUUAAAGAAACUGGAAGGGAGGAGGAUGGUGGAAUUAAGAACAAAAAUGAGCUGCAGCUUAUGGAUGUGGACAUUGUAGGAGAAGGAAAUGAAGCAGGUAAGGCAGAGGAAGAAGAUGAAGAAGUAGGAGGAGGAGGAGGAGGAGAAGAAGAAGAAGAAGAAGGAGGAGGAGAAGGAGGAGGAGAGAAAAGUAAGAAGGAUAAUGGUUUUAAGUUUGAUACCGGUUCAAAUGGUUUGGAAUGGUUAUUAGGUUCUAGAAGUAAGAUCUAUUUGACUUCAGAGCGGCCUUCGAAGAAACGGAAGCUCUUGGGUGGGGAUUCAGGGUUGGAGAAAGUUCUUGUUUGUCAUCCUGUGGAAGGUUUUUCUUCUUUGUGUCACUACUGUAGUAAAGGUGACAUGGGUGACCAGCUGAACCGGUUGAUCAUUUGCAGCUCUUGUGGUGUUGCUGUUCAUCAAAGAUGCUAUGGGAUGCAGGAUGAUGUGGAUGGGACUUGGUUGUGUUCUUGGUGUAAACAGAAGAAAGAUGGUCAGAGUGGUGACAGACCAUGCUUGCUUUGUCCCAAGCAGGGUGGUGCACUGAAGCAUGCUCAAAAGACAGAAAAUCAGGGUCUGCAGGUGGAAUAUGCUCAUUUGUUUUGUUGCCAGUGGAUGCCUGAGGUUUAUGUGGAGAAUAUUAGGACGAUGGAGCCGAUAAUGAAUAUUGAUGGUAUAAAUGAUACUCAGAGAAAGCUAGUUUGUUAUCUUUGCAAGGUGAAGUUUGGUGCCUGUGUACGUUGCAGCUAUGGAGCUUGUAGAACUUCUUUCCAUCCUUUAUGUGCUAGAGAGGCAAAGCACAGAAUGGAGAUUUGGGGAAGACGUGGAUGUGAUGAAGUUGAGUUGCGAGCAUUUUGUUCAAAACAUUCAGAAGUUGAUAAUGGCACCAGUGGUCAGUGCACAGGAGACAUGUUGGUGCCUGUUGGUCCUGAUUCAAAGAAUCAGGCUGUGAAGCCAUCAGCUGACAGAAUUCACAAAUUUGGCAGAAGGAAUGGGGAUAAGGUUGCUGUCAAUAUCGAAAUAGAUGAUUUGAGUGUGAAUGCGGAUAAGAUGAACAAUGGUGUGUUACAUGUGGAUGGAUUGUCAGAUAACAGGUCAAAUUCUGAAGUUCAGUCAGAAUUGGUUGAUUUGCAGCAGCAUUUUAAUAAUGGUACAUCAGGAGUGGAAGCCACCGAUGAUGAUGAUGUAUCUGAAACUAUGAAUCUCAACAUGAUGGUGAGGAAGUUAAUUGAUCAAGGGAAAGUUGAUAUGAAAGAUUUGGCUGAAGAAUUUGGGGUAUCUCCUGAUUCAUUGGCCCCAGUCCUCAAGGAAAAUCUGGCAGUCCCCGGCUUGAAUGGUAAAAUAGUUACGUGGCUUAAGCAUCAUGGUAAUGUUGGCAGCUUACACAAAACAGUGAAAGUUAAGAUCAAAUCCAGUACAUCAUCAAUGGAUGAAGAUCACAUGAGUGUUCCUGUCGAUUCAAAUGCUGUAACAGUGUCUAGAACCGAAAUACCGAAUGUUGACCGAAUCAAGUGCAUACCACCUCGAAGGAGAACUAAAAGCGACAUCAGGAUUUUGAACAAUGAUAAAGUUAUGUGCACAUCGCGAGAAAUGAUUGGUGAUGAUAUGGUCUUGGAUGAGAUGGGAUGUGGUUUGCCCAAUGGGGAUGGCUGUCCAAGUAAGGGGUCUUCUGCUGGCUCUGAGAAGAAUAUCAAUGAGGGAUUGGAAUGUGAGGAUAUUUCUGCAACAAUUCUCCCUGAAGACGAAGGUGAGCCAUCAGAUGCUGUAGCCAUUGGCAUGUACCAGAAUGGUCCAUCAAAGGUGGAUGCUGCAUCUGAACAUAAUACUGCUGCAAAGUAUGAUAAAAAGAAUGCAAAAUCAUUAGUUGCUUUAGAUUGUGUUCCUAAUCUAAUAAAUUCUGAAUCUUACACUCACCCACUUAUACAGCAUAAGCUAAUUGCGAUGAAUAAUAGAGUUGAUUAUGGAGGUUCAAGAGAGAGAGAAUUUUCGCAGUUUGGAGCAUCUUCAAGUUCAGGCAUUUGCUGCCAUCGACAUGGUCAACAAGCAGCUCCUACUGAUUGGAUGACUAAACUUAGCGUGGGAAAUCGUGAACAAUUGGUAAAGGCAAGGAAAAUGGGUGUGCUGGAAUUGUCUCCAUCCGAUGAAGUUGAAGGAGAACUCAUCUUUUUUCAGCAGAGGCUAUUGUCCUGUGCUAUUAGUAGAAAGCAUUUUAUUGAUGAUUUAAUUUCUAAGGUUGCAAAGAAUCUUCAAGAAGAAAUUGAUGCUGCUAGGAAAAAGAAAUGGGAUGCCGUUUUGCUUAGCCAGUAUCUUUAUGAUCUUAGAGAAGCAAAAAAGCAAGGAAGAAAGGAGCGACGGCACAAAGAAGCUCAGGCUGUCUUGGCUGCUGCAACAGCUGCAGCUGCGGCUUCGUCUAGGAUUUCAUCAUUGAGGAAGGAUGCCAUUGAAGAAUCGGCACAUGCAGAGGAUCUGUCAAAGGGUAACUUUUCUAAUGGACGGCCAGGGAUCUACUCGCAGCAAAAUCCUCGAGUCAAGGAAACAAUUUCAAGAUCAGCUGCUGCACGUCUCUCAUCUGAAAAGAACUCUGAUCCUUUCUCUUUGGCAUCAGAUUUUGCCGUUGAACACCCCAGAACUUGUGAAAUUUGUGGUAGAUGUGAGACAAUUUUGAAUCCAAUCUUAGUCUGUUCAAGUUGCAAGGUUGCAGUUCAUUUGGAUUGUUAUCGAGGUGUUAAAAGUUCUACUGGUCCGUGGUAUUGUGAAUUAUGUGAAGAUCUAUUGUCUUCUAGAGGCUCUGGAUUGCCAACUGCGAGUGCCUGGGAGAAACCCUAUUUUGUGGCUGAAUGCGGUUUAUGUGGUGGAACUGCUGGUGCUUUUAGAAGGUCAACCAAUGGUCAAUGGAUCCAUGCUUUUUGUGCUGAAUGGGUAUUAGAAUCAACAUUCAGAAGAGGACAAGUCAAUCCAGUUGACGGCAUGGAGAGUCUCUCCAAGGGAGGUGAAGUAUGUGUUAUUUGCUCUAGGAAGCAAGGUGUCUGCAUUAAGUGUAAUUAUGGCAACUGUCAGAGCACAUUUCAUGCCUCUUGUGCUCGAAGCACUGGCUUCUAUAUGAAUAGUAAGACUAUUGGUGGAAAGCUACAGCACAAGGCUUAUUGUGCAAAGCAUAGCCAGGAACAAAAAGCAAAGGCUGACACACAAAAACAUGGCAUGGAGGAGUUCAAGAGUCUUAAGCAAGUCAGGGUGGAACUGGAGAGAUUACGUCUUCUUUGUGAGCGAAUCAUAAAGCGAGAGAAACUGAAACGUGAAUUGGUUGUUUGUUCUCAAGACAUUAUUGCUUCAAAUAGAGAGAGUGCUGUUUUGUCUGCUCUCACUCGCCAUCCUGCAUACCAUCCUGAUGUUAGUUCAGAAUCAGCUACAACCUCCACUCGAGGUUAUACAGAUGGCAACAGAUCAGGCAGUGAUACAAUUCAGAGAUCCGAUGAUGUAACAGUAGACAGUACCAUUGCUGGUAAAAGGCAUAUCAAGUUUCCAGUUUCUAUGGAAAACGAUCAAAAGACUGAUGAUAGUUCUGUUUCCCAACACUUUGUCUCGCAAAAACCCGUUGAUCGGGUGUCUUUUUCUGGGAAACAAGUACCUCAUAGACCUGGUGUUGCAUUGAGGAUUCUUUCUGAGGAUGCUGAAAAGCGGUCUAGAUACAGAAAGCAUCCUGAAACUUUUGAAAAGGAGCUAGUGAUGACGUCAGAUCAAGCAUCUAUGAAGAAUCAGCUGUUGCCUAAAGGAUUUGUUUAUGUUCCUAUUCGAUGUCUUUCAAAAGAGAAAGAGACACUUCCAGAUGCAUGUGCGCAAGAACCAUUGGAACAUGAUGGUUAGGACAAUAUAAUGAAAAUUUUGAAUACCCUGAUUUAGCCACAUCCAUCUUGGAUGUAGUCUUUUGCAAGCUGAUUUUACCAGAAGGAUGAUGGCUUAUUAGAUGCCCUGAUGUGGCCGAAGUGGGUACAUUAUUGCUGCCAGUCGGUCCUGCUAAGCAAGCUUGGAUCGUUGUAAAAUCAUUCACUGCCCAGACGGGGAUGGUGGGUUUCUUCCCAUUCCUUGUGUCAAGUGCUUAAAUUGGUUGGGUUGUUUGUGUGUUUCUUGGCAGAAGGGAUUGAAGAAGCUGGAGCUUGUAAUUGUUUGUAAUGCCUACUCAUGGGCUUUGUAAAGUUUGUGUACAUAUUCUUACCAUGUAAACAGUCAAAGCAAUGGUGCAACCUCAAGUUAAUUAGUGGAUUAAUUUAUUUGUCAAAAUGAUGGUGUCACACAUUUUAUUGUUUUUAACUGCAGGUCCACUAUCCUUUUAAGAAGAGGCUUAGUCCUUGUGAUUGUUCUUGA